AUGGCAGCACGAAUAAGCACAUCCGCCGGGCUCAUAUGCCGUCGGACCGCCGCCACACACACCGCAUCAUGCCCUCGGCGGCCACGUCUCUUUUCCACCAGCCGGGGCCCGUCUGUCGAUAAAGUAACCGACGCCGACAUUGCCACGCUGGCCCGGCAGACGCAACAUCCACUGAGUCUCGCCGAUCUCGUCAAACACGGCCGCCCACCGCUCUCGGAACGCUCCCUCCUGUCCUCGGCCAACUUCACUCUCUCGCUGCUCCCGAUCCGCCUCGCGCACCGCAUCCAGGCCCUGCGCAACCUGCCCUACAUUGUCGUCUCCAACCCCAACGUCGCGCGCAUCUACCGCAACUACCUGCACUCGCUGUCCAUUCUACUUCCCUACCACCGCGCCGCCGUCGCCGCUGGCGGCGGCACCGGCACCGGCACCGGCCGCCGUGACGCCAUCGUUACGCCCGAAGACGAGGUCCGCUUCACGCACGUCCUCGCCGAGCUCGUCGCCACCCACACCGACACCAUCCCCGUCCUAGCCAAGGGAUUUCUCGAGUGCCGCCGCUACAUUGCGCCGGCCGACGUCACGCGCUUCCUCGACAGCCACCUGCGCGCGCGUAUCGGCACGCGCCUCGUCGCCGAGCAGCACAUUGCCUUGCACUUUAGCUCCCAGGAGCACUUUGACCCGGCCGCCAGCCCGACGCCCUGCCCGGACCACCCGUCCUACAUUGGCGUCAUUGACACGGCCCUGCGGCCCGCCUCCACCAUUGAGUCCUGCGCCGGCUUCGUCGCCGACAUUUGCGAGCUGCGCUACGGCGUCCGUCCGGAGCUCGUCAUUGACGGCGAGCCCGACGCCACGCUCGCCUUUGUCCCCAUGCACCUCGAGUACAUUGUCACCGAGCUUCUCAAAAACGCCUUUCGCGCCACCGUCGAGAGCAAGACGCGCGAGCCCAUUGUCGUCACCAUUGCGCCCGAGCCCGCCUUUAAGCACCAGAGUCCCGGCGACAACAACGACAACAACGCCGCUGUCGCCCCCGGCAUCCUACCCCUCGACGACGACAACACCCCCGGCGUCACCAUCCGUAUCCGCGAUCGCGGCGGCGGCAUCCCUACCGACGUCCUGCCCGACAUCUGGUCCUACUCCUUCACCACCUUCUCCGACGACCAAGAGUACGCCAGCCCCUCGGGCGGCGACGGGCUCGCCGCCAUUUCGUCCGCCAGCAGCGGCGGCAGCUCCAUUGCCGGCCUCGGCUACGGCCUGCCGCUGAGUCGCGCCUACGCAGAGUACUUUGGCGGUGGCAUCGCCCUACAGAGCCUCUACGGCUGGGGGACAGAUGUCUACUUGCGCCUAAAGGGCGUGGGUAAGAUUGACACAUGA